ACAUGUGAAACACAGAGCACAUAAGUUUUGUUUUCAGUUGUAGCAGCCAAGAAGAAGAAUGACUCUUAAGAGAUGAGUUCUAGACACAGCAAAAUUGCUUCAAAAGCACUCGGACUCAGAAACAAGAUGCUACUUCUUAUCUUUAUGCUGUUGUUUUCAGCGGAAGCAGGUUUCAACACUCAGUGCUGUGACGAUCUCAAGCCCUGUGAAGAUAUCAAUCACUGCACAAGUGGGCACCAGAUACCGGCAAAGAAAACUACAGAAGAUUGCGAAGGCCUUUGUGGUUUAGAGUGCUAUAAAAAGACAACAGACGACGACGAUCCUCUCCUUUGUACCUGGAAGUCAGACACAGCCUCUCCCGAGGCUCAGUACACUCUCCACUACUGUGCUCAAGGUAAACACUGCCUUUCCUUUGAUGCUGGGACCUCCACUUACUGCUGUAUUAAACGAAUUGACUUGCGGAUGAGACUCAACAUGACGUUCUGGGUUCAAGCGAGAGCAACCAAUACAAACAUCACAUCCAGGAAUAUUACUGUUAAUCUCACAAAAGCUGUGAAGCCUGACCCUCCGAAGGAUUUGAAAAUGAAUAAAUCUUCUGGAAACCUUCAUCUGUCAUGGAAGAAAGCAGCUAAAGAAAUCGAGGGCUCCCUCAAUGAGAUUCACAUCAGAAGAUUGAAUGACUCCCACUGGCACAAUGUAACAUGUGAAACAGCCUCAGGAAAAGAGACUCCAGAGCAGUGCAGUGUGCAGGUGGACAGUCAGCCAGCCUACAAGCUUCAAAUUCGGACGAUACUCAAGAAACAUACAGAGCUGUGGGGUUUCUGGAGUGAAUGGAGCAAAAUUGUGUUUGUUCCUGCUGAAAUUCAAGAGCCUCCACAGUUGCAGUUUGUGUUAAGGAAACUGGAAUCCAGUGGCACCCGAUCAUUGAAUCUAAAAUGGACGGCUCCUCACAAUGCUAUGGAUUCUCUAGGGAAGAUGAAGUAUAUCCUAACCAUCAGUAUGUUGCCUAAAGAAUGCAGAACACCUCUGAAAUUAAAAAUAAACACAACAGAACAUACCAUGAACAUCUUUAAUGCAGGAUACAGAGUGUCGCUGGUUGCGUUCAACAAAGUCGGACAAUCCCCAAAGCAAACUGUUUUCAUCUCCCCUGAUCACACAGAAGUGUGUCGCGCGAAUCUCACCAUGGUGAUAGACAGGAUCCGGCAGGAACAGCAUUGCAAGAAAAUAUGCGUUCAGUGCCAAGAUGUGCUGGAAACGCAGCCAUCGGGAUCCUGUGGCACUUACACUGGUAAUAAAAGACACAUCAUGAAAGAGAUCUUCGGUAAUAUGAAGAAUCUCACACGAUACCGAAUCACAGUUCAUUGUUUAAAGAAGCUUAAAACUCGAACAUAUGAAGUGUAUUUAACAGAAGGAACUCCCAAGAGUGGCCCGAGGAACAUUUCCGUGCAGGCAACUCAUAAUUCAGUCCUGGUCACAUGGCACCCAAUUCCGAUUGAUGCCUGCCAGGGGUUUCUGCUAAAAUACCGCCUCUAUUAUUCUGCUGGGAAUGAGAGGAACCAAACACAAGUUGCUGAAGUAGAUGGGGAGAUGACAGAGUAUGAAAUCAAGAACCUGUCUUCAAAUACUGUGUACAAGCUGGAGAUAGCAGGGACCACCGCUCAGGGGGAGGGAGUGCGUAGCACCAGACACUUUCAAACAUUGCACAGAGUUGUAGGAAGCAUCUUGCAGUGGACUAUAGCAGCAAUCAGUGUCUGCACACUGUCUCUCACAGGAGUCCUGGCCAUCAAAAGAAUAAAGAAAGUAUUGUUGUCUGCAAUACCCAGUCCAGAAUGCAGUUCUGCAAUGAACUUCCCUGCACAGGCUCCUAUCCCUCUACAAGCACUGAAAUGUGAAGAAGAGGAUGAAGUGAAGGUGCUGGUAGUGCUGGAGAGAAGCGCUGGACCCCCCCCUGCCGAGGACACAGCCCUGACGAGGGCUGAGGAGAGCGGGGACAGCGACCACACAGACUCCUCGUCAGAGAGCGGGAGCCUGGCCGGCUUUGAAAGCAACUUCAAUCCACAUUAUAAAACACAGGUGCUGACCCACCCUGAACUGGAGGGGGACGAUUCACAUGAUGAAGCCCAUUUAUAGAAACAGACAAAAAACACUGAGUGUGGAGCAGCCUAAGGGCUAUGUUAAACAAGGCAAUAUUGUCAAUCACAGCUGACAAUAAUAGAUAGUACACACAUUGCCUAGCGUAAAUAUACACUGGCAACCUUGCCAAAGAAGAUCUGACUCAUGGGUCUCAAAGUCUCUCCUGGUAAAGGCACGACCGCGUGGUGUGCAGGGUGAGUCGUACAGUCAGAGCAGUGGUGUUUAUUGCUGUGUGAAGCUGCUGUUCUUCGCUGGGGAUUCCACAGAAAGCUCUGGCAAUCCAGUAAGAUCGUCAGGGACUGUCUCCAAAUUGCUGGCCAAUGCCUGGUGAGCUCAAUCAGACACCUGCAGGACUGUCCUCCAGCGGCCGGCAGCUCACAUCCGCUGUGGAGCUCCUGGGUGUAAAGAGGUGAUUGGCUUGGGGAUCGGAGGAUGCCCACUGACCUUCAGUUCUCCUGGUGUUGUCGGGAGUUCCUGCUGUGAGGGGCUAAAUUGACUUCUAAAUUGGGGUGAAAACUAGAGAGGCAAUUCCAAGAUGUUAUUGUAUUUUUCAAGGUUAACAGAUGUUAUGGAGACUGUACACAUAUAGAAUAUUUCCAUAUUGACAUGUCACACAAUUCUUAACAGCUUGGCAUAUAUAUAUAUAUAUAUAUAUAUAUAUAUAUAUAUAUAUAUAUAUAUAUAUAUAUAUAUAUACGUGCAUAUAUUUGUGUGUCUUUGUUACUGUAAAUGUGUGUAGGCUUUCUCAGCUGUUUCUUGCACUUUUAUCAAUACAGUAGACCAGAGCUGUCCGACUUCUCUAGCUCUCUAGCUUCUCUAGCUAGUUCUAAAAAUAUCACACACAAAGAAAAAGGGUAGUUUACUGAGAAAAUGUAACAGCAACUAUACUCGGACACUACUGCGGUAGCUUUCUGCUCACAAGACAUUUUCAAUGCGUUUCCUCCAUUCUUAAUUCACCCCUAUUUUUUUAAAGUAGAAAAUCAUGUUAGUGUGACAAAAUGAAAAGCUUGAAAUAUGUCAUGUAAGUUAUCUGGUUCUUGUUUUGUAAAAUGUACCUCUUUCAAAAAAUAGGAGUUAAAUGAAGACUCGAGUAAACUUUGAAAAUUG